AUGGGGCUCUGGCAGGAACCCUCUUCUUUCCCUCCCCUCUCUCUCCUCCAUCUCUUCCUCCUCACUUGCCUUCUUCCCGCCUCCUUCGCUCAAACUGUAGGCUCCUCGGGCUGGACCGUGGUGCCCUCCAACAAAUCGGCGGAUCUGUCGUGGACCGGUAGAGUGAGAUACCAACUCGACAGCGCCCAGGUUCGCAUCCCUCCGGGCACCAGCCUUGCUCCUUUGACCAAUUCGCUGGCCCACUCGGACAACCGUACCCUCGAGUCGUUUCACAUCUCGGGCCCUCUAGUGCCAGUGGACGCCUCGACGUCCCGCUCGUUGCGCAGGAACUCAAUCGCCUUUAUUACCUGCGACGAGUCCGCCUACAAGGGGAAUCUCGGCGCUAGUGAAACGGUCGCCAACGCAAUCACCUCCCUGCAUCGGUUGACGGCGGUUAUCCUGUACAGCACCGACGCCCACCACUGCAACUACACGGUCGACCACGGAGCGGACCACGAGUACGCCAACGUCUUCACCCUCGUCAACCCGCUCGCGGCGGAGAUCAUCCGACGGCAAUUGCGUUCGCCCGCCGACGGGAUCACGAGCAUCACCGGCGACAUGUCGUACGCCAUGACGGGGUCCAGCACCCAAUCCGAUGAUUCGGGUCCAAGCGGGGGGGACAGUCCCAACACCGCGAUGAUCAUCCUGUACAGUAUCACCGGCAUCAUCACAGCGCUGUUCCUGGCGAUCAUCAUCACGGGGGCUGUCCGCGCUCACCGGCACCCCGAACGCUACGGGCCCCGAUAUACCGCCGGGCGCCCGCGGCAAAGUCGAGCGCGCGGAAUAGCGCGCGCCAUGGUGGAGACGAUACCGAUCGUGAAGUUCGGCGACGCCUACGAUCCCAAGGUGGAGGCCGUCAAGGGCGACGUGGAGAUGGCGCCGGAGGGCGGGACGCAUACUCCCACGGGUGAAAGCGAGAUGGCGACGGGCGGCGCUGGCGCCCCUACUCCGCCACCACCACCGCCGCAGCAACCCAACAAGACGUCCGGAGCCACAAGCACGGGGCCAACAGAAGGGCCAACGGAAGAACUAACUGAGAAGACUACACCCAAUGCCGACGACAAUACGUCGCCACCGCCGCAGCAGACGGCCGCCGCGACCACGGAGCAGAACAACUUCUCCUGUCCCAUCUGCACGGAUGAUUUUGUCAAGGGCCAGGAUCUGCGUGUCCUGCCGUGCAACCACCAGUUCCACCCUGACUGCGUCGACCCAUGGCUGCUCAAUGUGUCUGGGACAUGUCCUCUUUGCCGGAUCGAUCUGAACCCCAACCGCGCCGAGGACGCGACCGAGCCGGCCGCGACCGAGGGGGCCGCGACCGAGGGGGCUGCGGCCGAGGGCACCGAUCCCCCGCAGGAGGGCUCCGCAGCGGGCGGCGGGGCGGAGGCGGCGCACUUGCGCUCGCACCGGCGACUGACAAGUUACCUCCACGGGACGCUCAACGCACGAAGGAUGCGAGACGCGACGGUGGAGGAGCGACUAGCGGCGCUGCGCAGCGUGCGAGAGAACAACCGGCAGACGCAGACGCCAGACGCGACCUCCGACGAACCAGACGAGCGCAGUCGGCGCCGGAGCGGACUGACGACGCGGUUGCGCGAUCGAUUCCGCAUCCGCACGCAAGCGCAUGGGGAUGGGGAAGUAUAA